GUAUAUGUGGGUUGUGUGAGUGACAGAGAUGUGUUGUGUUAUUCCGGUAUGUGUCUGUGAAGAUAUCUGUGUGUGUAAAACAAAGACCAAUAUUGUGUUUGUGUGUGUGACAAAAAGAGAAAGUGUGACAGUGUUUUCCUGUAUAUAUGUGUUUGUGUGACAGAGAGAGUUGCAUGUUAGUGAGUUAGUGUGUUAGUGUGCAUGUGACAAAAAAAUACGUUGUAUGUGUUAGAUGUGUGUGUGUGCGACACAGAAAGCGAGAGGUUUUGUGCAAGUGUGUAUCAGCCCGGUGUGUAUAGAUAUGUGUACAUGAGAGAGAGGGGGCAAGCUGUUAUAUGAGCGUGUGUGUGUAUGUUGAAUGUGAGCUCCCAGCUCUUGAGGAUAAAAUUGCUUAUCUUGCCCUUUUGUGUCGCCUUAGCUGCCCCCCUCCCCAGUACUUGUGGAAAUGCAGCCCCUGAGCUGUAGUUGGGGGGGAGAGACAGGGACAUAGUGACAUGUCCCCGGCUGAGCUGCGCAAUGAAUGGGUUAGCCCGUGUUCCACGUGAGCCUGAUGUGCUCCUACUGAUUGUAUCUCGCUGUAGACAAAUGCAGAGCUUGUGCUUUGCAGUCUUAUCGGGGCUGCAGUGAAGCCGAGCUGAAUGAUGCUGCUUUAAUUCAGCGUCACACCAAGUUUCAUCAAUAACCCCCUACCGUCCAAUUGGAAGACUCUUUUUUUCACAAGAUUUUUUUCCUUCCUCUUCUCCCUUCCUUUCUGGUUUUCCUCCGGCACCAUCGGGGGGAAAGUACCCCGGCUUUCUAUAGUAAGGAGAAGAAGGAGCGCUUGUACUGGGAUCCGAGGCGCCCAGCGGCCAAUGGAACUGUCCAGGGUUCUGUAAAGAGAGAGGAGGGAGCGGGGCAAGGGAAAAGCAGAGCCUUUCACUCCAGACCCCGGGCGGCGGCAGCGGCGGGCUCAGUUUCGUUUUAGAAAUUGAAUUGGCAAAGCUGGGCAUGGGGCAAAACGAGGUGCAGACUGUCUUCCUCCUGCUGCUGGGCAUUGUGGGCGACAGCUGUGGAGGGUUUCCCAACACUAUCAAUAUCGGUGGACUUUUCAUGAGAAAUACAAUACAAGAGCACAGUGCUUUUUUAUUUGCUGUGCAGCUGCACAACACCAACCAAAACAACACAGAGAGGCCGUUUCAGCUGUUCCACCAUGUAGACCAUCUAGAUUCAUCCAACAGUUUCUCUGUGACCAAUGCAUUUUGUUCACAGUUUUCCAGAGGAGUCUAUGCCAUCUUUGGAUUCUAUGACCAAAUGUCUAUGAACACUUUGACAUCUUUCUGUGGAGCCCUCCAUACAUCCUUUAUCACCCCAAGCUUCCCGACAGAUGCAGAUGUCCAGUUUGUUAUUCAGAUGCGGCCACCACUUAAAGGAGCCAUUCUUACUCUUCUCAAUGAAUAUGACUGGCAAAAAUUUGUUUAUCUCUAUGACACAGAGAGAGGAUUCUCCAUUCUUCAGGCCAUUAUGGAAGCAGCCGUACAGAACAACUGGCAAGUGACAGCCAGAUCAGUGGGGAACAUUAAAGAUGUUCAAGAGUUUAAACGCAUCAUAGAGGAAAUGGAUAGGCGUCAGGAGAAGAGAUUUGUUAUAGACUGUGAAGUUGAGAGAAUAAACACAAUACUGGAGCAGGUUGUAAUCCUCGGCAAACACACAAGAGGCUACCACUAUAUGCUUGCUAAUCUGGGCUUUACAGGCAUUACGCUGGAAAGAGUGAUGCACGGCGGGGCCAACGUGACCGGCUUUCAGAUUGUGAACAAUGAAAACCCAAUUGUGCAGCAAUUUUUACAGAGAUGGGUUAGACUGGAUGAGAGGGAGUUCCCUGAAGCAAGAAAUAAACCACUAAAGUACACAUCUGCACUAACCCAUGAUGCAGUCUUAGUUAUAGCAGAAGCUUUUAGAUACCUGAGAAGACAAAGAGUAGAUGUUUCUAGAAGAGGAAGUGCUGGAGACUGCCUCGCAAAUCCUGCUGUGCCUUGGAGCCAAGGAAUAGACAUAGAAAGAGCCUUAAAAAUGGUACAAGUGCAAGGAAUGACCGGGAAUAUCCAGUUUGACACGUACGGAAGGAGAACUAACUACACAAUUGAUGUGUAUGAAAUGACUGCCACUAAACCUCGAAAGGUUGGACAUUGGAAUGAAUAUGAACGCUUUGUGCCAACUCCUGAUCAGCAGCCUACAAACGAGUCUUCUUCAGUAGAGAACAAGACAAUUGUUGUUACAACAAUAUUGGAAAACCCCUAUGUCAUGAAAAAGAAAAACCACGAGCUGUUGGAUGGAAAUGAUAGAUAUGAAGGAUAUUGUGUGGAUUUAGCCAGUGAAAUUGCAAAGCAUGUUGGGAUAAAAUACAAGCUGGCAAUUGUAGAAGAUGGUAAAUACGGUGCUCGGGAUCCAGAAACUAAAAUAUGGAAUGGAAUGGUGGGAGAACUUGUGUAUGGGAGAGCAGAUAUAGCCGUGGCCCCGCUGACGAUAACUCUGGUACGGGAAGAAGUCAUUGAUUUUUCCAAACCAUUUAUGAGCCUUGGAAUCUCCAUCAUGAUUAAGAAGCCUCAAAAAUCUAAACCAGGAGUUUUCUCCUUCCUGGAUCCACUGGCCUAUGAAAUAUGGAUGUGUAUAGUCUUUGCUUACAUUGGAGUCAGUGUAGUUCUCUUUCUAGUUAGCAGAUUCAGCCCUUAUGAAUGGCAUUUGGAGGACACUGAUGAAGCUCGUGACCCUCAGAACCCUCCCGAUCCUCCAAAUGAGUUUGGCAUAUUUAACAGCCUGUGGUUUUCCCUGGGUGCCUUUAUGCAGCAAGGAUGCGAUAUCUCUCCAAGGUCCCUGUCAGGGAGAAUCGUCGGAGGAGUCUGGUGGUUCUUCACUUUAAUCAUAAUCUCUUCCUACACUGCCAACUUGGCUGCUUUCCUUACUGUGGAGAGAAUGGUGUCCCCUAUUGAGAGUGCAGAGGACUUGGCCAAACAAACAGAAAUAGCUUAUGGUACUUUGGACUCAGGAUCAACCAAAGAAUUUUUUCGGAGAUCAAAAAUAGCAGUCUACGAAAAAAUGUGGUCAUACAUGAAAUCAGCAGAGCCAUCUGUAUUUGCCAAAACCACCGACGAUGGGGUGGCCCGGGUUCGGAAAUCAAAAGGAAAAUUUGCCUUCCUGCUGGAAUCUACCAUGAAUGAAUACAUUGAGCAGCGGAAGCCGUGCGAUACUAUGAAAGUUGGAGGAAACCUCGAUUCCAAAGGCUAUGGAGUGGCAACACCAAAAGGCUCAGCAUUAAGAACUCCUGUAAACCUUGCAGUAUUGAAACUCAGUGAACAAGGCAUCUUAGACAAGCUGAAAAACAAAUGGUGGUACGAUAAGGGUGAAUGUGGAGCCAAGGACUCCGGAAGUAAGGACAAGACAAGUGCCCUGAGUCUAAGUAAUGUCGCAGGGGUAUUCUAUAUACUGGUUGGAGGGCUUGGACUCGCCAUGAUGGUAGCUUUGAUAGAAUUCUGUUACAAGUCAAGAGCAGAGUCCAAAAGAAUGAAACUUACAAAGAAUGCACAAACUUUUAAGCCUCCUCCUGCAGCCAGCACCCAGAAUUAUGCUACAUACAGAGAAGGCUACAAUGUCUACGGAACAGAAAGCGUUAAAAUCUAAAGGGUUAUUACAAAAAGAAAUGAAUGAGGCUCAUCCCUCGAUCCCAAACGCCUGUGCCAGUUCAACUCUUUCCCUGAUGUCGAGGAUGACACAAGGUGCUGACGGUGCAAUGAACUCUUAGUGGAAAGAACUUUUUUUUUUUGUUUUCCUUCAGUGCCUUAAUGGAACAUUCAAACGAUUCACAACAAUGCAAACCAUCAAUGAAAUUCGAAUGCUUUGCUUGAAAAGAAAACAAAAUGAAAUUGAAAACUGGCCACACCACAAGAUCCUCCUGUACAAAAUGUACUCUUGUAAAGGACAAGUUCUCUAUAAGCCAUUGUUUAAAUAAUACUCUACGGAGCCUCAUGUACACAAUCUGCAUUUUAAAGGUGCAUUCACUCAUGUUUAAAUAAUGUGCUUCCUAUCCCUCAUACUCCUUCUUUCAUUGAAGUUGCAUUGCUAUAUGUUUUACCAUUCAGACUGCUCAUAGCAAUUUGCAUUAAAGAAGGAUGUUAUUGGCUUGCACUUACACUUUCAUUUUAUGAAUCAAAGCGUGGAAGAAUGGAUUAUGGGGGUUAAAGAUGGGGAAGCCAGAGAAUAUCACCUGUAAUGUAGAAACAGGCUAAUAGUCCAACCGUACAAAUACAUGUUAUAAAGAGAAGACUUUUUAUAGAGGAGAAUAUCUAUCAUGCAUUUGGAGUGAAUGCACUUUCAAGUUUUACUAAAGUUCGAAUGGUAAAUUCAAAUUUGGUUUUUUAAUUUUUUUGUGGUCAAAACUCACAAUUUUGAAUUUAAAACCACC